AGUCACGUAUUUUAAAAAAAAUAAUUGUAAAAAGAAUUUCAUAUCGAACAUAAAAAAUGCAUUUAGAAUAUUCAUAUUUUAUUUUAUGUAUCGUCAACGCCAUUGGUUUGAUAAAUGCGAAUGAUCCUAAUGUUACAUUCUUACAGACAAUAUGCGAUCAACCAAUAUGGAGAGAUUUAAAGACACUUUUAUGUAUUAAUGAAAAUGGUAAUAAAGUCACCAUAGAAGAAAUAGCCAAUGUUAAUUCAGUCACUAGCGAGACAUUAAGUCAUAAAGCAAAACAGAUGCAUUUACUACUAAGCUGCAAUAGUGCAUAUUUUUUUGUGCAGUAUUCAAAUUUGGCGCACUGCUUUAAAGAUAAAUGUAUAGAACUCGGCGUCAAAGAAAGCGUAGAGCUAUGUAAAAAUGAUUUGAAGAAGGAAUUGGAGAAAAUUACAGAAGUAAUAAUAAAUUGGAAGUCGCAAUUAAUAAAUUUAUCGGAUAUGAGUAACGUAAAAACAAAUAAGGAAAUUAAUUCAGUAUCAGAUAUUCUGAUAAACCUAGGUACACAAACUUUAAGUGACCAAGAUAUUGAUGCACAUCUUAACAAUAUACAGUCAACUACGAACGAUUUCAUAGCAGCAAACUGCUUUCAACCAGAAAACGAAUUUAAAACCUUUAUAGAUGGUUACCUAGAACAGAUUAAUAUGGGUUUCAAUACAUAUAAAUUAACCGGUAUACUAUUAAACUUGAUGUCAGUUUUAAGAGACUAUUUAGCGACUUUUUAUUUUCAUUUGAAACUUGAACCCACACCAGAGUUACGAAAUGCGUAUCCUAAUGAUCUCGUACUAAAGAGGUAUCAAAGAAUGAUACAACCUGGUAAGUUCUAUAAGCAACUAUUAUAAAUUUUAUUUUCUGUUUUAUCUUUAUUUCUUUUAAAAUUGGGUAAGUGUAAGCUAGUUAAAUCCAUUAAAAGAUAAAUAAAAUAUAUAUAAAAAAAAAUUAAAUAGAUAGUUUUUUUAAAUUAUAUUACGAAUAAUUAAUAUGUUUAACAUUGGAUACGCUUCUUAAGCAAUUAUUGUUAUUAAAAUUUACAUUCUAUUUUAAUGUUGUAAUCAUAUAAUAUUUGUUUUAUGUUAUUGUGUAGUUCAAGAGUGUCUUAGCACGGACACUUUAACGGUUGUUAUUGUAAUCUUUGUUAUUUUGAAUAUGUUAUCAAUAUUAUAAAUAUACAAGAUCACCAAAAUAGAGUUCUCUUCUUUAACACACAAAAUAACUAUUUAACUUUCAAACAGAAUCAUUUUAUUAUACAAAUUUAAAAGGAACCCCUAAACGUCUAUCACAAUUAGCCAAUUAGAAUGAAAUUUUCAGUUUUCAAUGUUUGGCUAGGGAUCGUUCGACUACCAUCCUUGAAUUGUAAAAAACCAUAUUUUUUUUUU